AAACAACACACGAAAAAGAAAACGCACACAGAGAAGAUAGAGAGAGAAUAAUAAAGAGAGAGAGAGAGAGCUAGAAUUGCUGAGAUAGAGAGAAGUGAAGAGCGAAAUUGAAGCUUAAACGAGGAAAUUUGAUGGAGAAAUGAGAGGGUAGUAGUUUUAUGGUGUUGGCGUAUGUAACCGUGAAGAUUAAUUGUGUUUUAGAGAGAGAAAGUGGAGAAAUGGUUGAUUAGAGUUGGAUUAUUUGUGAAAUUAAGUUAAUUAUUCUGUUUUAAGAAGAGAUCUAGAGUAAGAGAAGGAAAGAUUGUGAUAAUUUUAUGGCUUCCUCAGAGAUUUCAGCAAAAGCUAACAGUGGAAACAUUAAAGGAGGAGGAGAGAGCUUCUCUUCUGGUUACAGUGAAGCUAUGGGAGGGCAAAAAGGUCAUUCCACCCAUCCAAGCUCAGCUAGAGAUGCUGAGACUGCGUUGUAUAAUGAGCUAUGGCAUGCUUGCGCUGGUCCUCUAGUGACUGUACCUCGCGAAGGAGAUCAUGUGUUUUAUUUCCCUCAAGGACAUCUAGAGCAGGUGGAGGCAUCGACGAAUCAGGUAGCAGACCAGCAGAUGCCGGUGUACGAUCUUCCACCGAAGAUCUUGUGUCGUGUUGUUAAUGUUCAAUUGAAGGCUGAACCGGAUACUGAUGAGGUGUUUGCACAAGUGACUCUACUUCCUUUGCACAACCAAGAUGAGAAUGCAUCGGAGAAGGAGCCUCCUCCACCUCCACCACCACGAUUUCAUGUUCAUUCAUUUUGUAAAACCCUGACUGCUUCGGAUACCAGUACUCAUGGUGGUUUUUCAGUUCUUAGACGACAUGCAGAUGAAUGUCUUCCACCAUUGGAUAUGUCAAGGCAGCCUCCGACACAGGAAUUAGUUGCCAAGGAUUUGCAUGGAAGUGAAUGGCGAUUCAGGCACAUUUUUCGGGGUCAACCACGGAGGCACUUGCUUCAGAGUGGAUGGAGUGUGUUUGUUAGCUCUAAAAGGCUUGUUGCUGGUGAUGCCUUUAUAUUUCUAAGAGGUGAGAAUGGAGAACUUCGAGUUGGUGUUAGACGUGCAAUGAGACAGCAGAGUAAUGUUCCAUCAUCGGUCAUAUCCAGCCACAGCAUGCAUCUCGGUGUUCUUGCUACCGCAUGGCAUGCUGUUUCAACAGGGACAAUGUUCACUGUUUAUUACAAGCCAAGGACAAGUCCUGCUGAGUUCAUUGUCCCAUUUGAUCAAUACAUGGAGUCUGUCAAGAGUAAUUAUUCCAUAGGGAUGAGGUUUAAAAUGAGAUUUGAAGGAGAAGAAGCUCCUGAGCAAAGAUUUACUGGCACUAUUGUCGGAAUUGAAGAUGCUGAUCCCAGUAGGUGGAAGGAUUCUAAAUGGAGGUGCCUUAAGGUGAGAUGGGAUGAAACUUCUACAAUACCUAGACCAGAUAGAGUUUCACCAUGGAAAAUAGAGCCUGCUCUUGCACCUCCUGCACUAAAUCCUCUUCCAAUGCCCAGGCCAAAAAGGCCCCGAGCAAACAUGGUGCCAUCAUCUCCCGACUCCUCUGUUCUUACCAGAGAAGGUUCAUCCAAAGUAACUGCAGACCCUUCAUCAGCAAGUGGAUUUUCAAGAGUCUUGCGAGGUCAAGAGUUCUCGACCUUGAGAGGCAAUUUUGCUGAGGGCAACGAGUCUGAUGCUGCUGAAAAGUCUGUUAUGUGGCCACCCUCAGCAGACAAUGAGAAGAUUGAUGUGUUAUCAUCUUCAAGAAGAUUUGGACCAGAGUGGUGGAUAUCCUCUGCCAGGCAGGAACCGACCUACACGGAUUUGCUAUCUGGCUUCGGGGCAAAUGCUGAUUCAUCCCAUGGGUUUGGUGCUCCGUUUGUUGACCAAACUGCUGGGGGCGCUAAUCCAAUGAAGAAACACUUGUCAGAUCAAGGGCAGUUCAACUUGCUUGCCAGCCCAUGGUCCAUAAUGUCCCCAGGCCUCUCUCUAAAGUUGUCAGAGUCAAACUCUAGGGUUCCAAUACAAGGAAGCAGCGAUGUAACAUAUCAAUCAAGGGAAAACAUCAGAUACAGUGCUUUCAGUGAGUAUCCCAUGCUUCACGGUCAGAGAGUCGAGCAAUCUCAUGGAAACUGUAUGAUGCCUCCCCCGCCAUCUCAUUUUGAUAAUCAUGCUCAUACAAGAGAGCUAAUACCAAAACUCAAACCGGUGCAAGAACAUGAUACCGGAAAAUCUUUGGAUGGAAACUGCAAGCUAUUUGGUAUUCCCCUGAAAAUUAGUAAACCCGCCACACCAGAGCAAGCAGGAUCAACAAACAUGGUGUACGAACCGAUGGGUCACACCCAACCUGCAAGUCACCAACUCACAUCUGAAUCAGAUCAGAAGUCAGAACACUCCAGGAGUUCAAAGUUGGCCGAUGAAAAUGAAAACGAGAAACCAAUCCAGGUUGGUCACAUGCGAAUGAGGGACAGUCAUGGAAAAGCGCAAAACAGCUCAGCCAGGAGUUGUACAAAGGUUCACAAGCAGGGGAUUGCACUUGGUAGAUCUGUUGAUCUUAUGAGGUUCAAUAACUAUGAUGAGUUGAUUGCUGAAUUGGACCGGUUGUUUGAAUUUAAUGGUGAAUUACUGGCUCCCCAAAAGAAUUGGUUGAUUGUGUAUACUGAUGACGAGGAUGAUAUGAUGCUUGUUGGAGAUGAUCCCUGGCAGGAAUUUGUCGGCAUGGUUAGGAAGAUUGUUAUUUACACCAGAGAGGAGGUACAGAGGAUUAAACCAGGCACUUUAAAUUCAAGAGUCAAUGAAAAUCCAUCGGGCGUGGAGGGUGAGGAGGCUAAAGAAGCCAAACAUCUGCCACUUCCUUCAGCAUCUAGUCCUUUGAAUUGUUAGAUUUGGCUCCCUCAGGUUCAAGGUUUUGGGUUCAGGCAGCAAGAGAAUGCAAUGGCUAUUUCAGUUGGUAAGAAUGAGAUGGGUGCCAGUUUACUACUAUCCAAGAUGUCAAGUUUGCUGGUAUAAAGAAUAGAUGCAAGAAUGAUAUAAUCCAAUUUUGGACCUUUUAUGGAGCUAGUAUUGUAUGGUGUCCAGUUAUACAUAAUUUAUAUAUAGCCGCAAUGUCUAGCGAAACCCUUGCUUUUUUUCCGAGCCAAACCAUCCUGAACCUUGUACAUAACUACCUUACCUUUACCCUACCUCUUAAUGUAAGUAAGUUUAUACAUCAUCUAAUGGGUUUUUGGGCAAGUCUAGCUCCCUACUCUCCUAAUGUUCCAUGUUGUUGGGUUCCGUGGUUCUAGCCAUCUCAAAGCGUACUAGCAAAUCAUUUAUAGUGCAAGGACUCCCAGAAUUGGUUUCUAACAUUGAUGUCUACCACGAGUUUUUGUUAUAAUGUAGGCUUGAGAAAUUGGUGGAGCCUCGGAGGUCAGGAUUUUAGGCAUCCAGUGGAAAAAAGGUAAAGGUAAAUAAGUGG